GUUUUGCCCGUGAUGUCAUCGGGGCAGCGCCCGACGUCGCUCCAGCGGUGACGUCAGUACGGCGUGGGUGGCUGCGGGCCGGGAGUUCUCCCCGCCGCCUUCGUCGCCGCCGGGCUGGCCGGAGCCAUGGGGAAGGAGCAGUUCCGCGAGACGGACGUGGCCAAGAAAAUAAGUCACAUCUGCUUUGGGAUGAAGUCUCCUGAAGAGAUGCGGCAACAGGCUCACAUCCAGGUGGUCAGUAAAAAUCUGUACAACCAAGAUAACCACUCGCCUCUUCAAUAUGGCGUCUUGGACCAUCGCCUGGGUACAAGUGAAAAAGACCGUCCCUGUAAGACCUGUGGAAAAAAUCUGGCAGAAUGUUUGGGGCAUUAUGGCUACAUCGACCUGGAGUUACCUUGUUUUCACGUGGGAUACUUCAAAGCUGUGAUAGGGAUUCUCCAGAUGAUUUGCAAAACUUGUUGCCAUAUCUUGCUGACCACCGAAGAACAGAAACAGUUUUUGGAUUAUCUGAAGAGGCCCGGUUUGACCUAUCUCCAGAAAAGGGGUUUGAAGAAAAAGAUCUCCGAAAAAUGCAGGAAGAAGAAUACCUGCCCACAUUGUGGUGCUUUCAACGGUACUGUGAAGAAGUGUGGCUUGCUGAAGAUAAUCCACGAGAAGUACAAGACCACCAAAAAGAUUGUGGACCCCGUUGUGUCUCAUUUCAUUCAGUCUUUCGACACGGCAAUAGAGCAUAACAAAGAGAUUGAAGCUUUGCUGGGGAAAGCCCAGGAGAACCUGAACCCACUGAUGGUGCUGAACAUCUUGAAGAGGAUCCCUGCAGAAGACAUCCCUUUGCUCCUGAUGAACCCCGAAUCAGGGAAGCCUUCCGACUUGAUCCUGACCCGCCUUCUGGUUCCCCCGCUCUGCAUUCGGCCCUCCGUGAUCAGCGACUUGAAGUCCGGCACCAACGAGGACGAUCUAACGAUGAAGCUGACGGAAAUCAUUUUCUUGAACGAUGUGAUCAAAAAGCAUAGAAUAUCGGGAGCCAAAACUCAGAUGAUAAUGGAAGACUGGGAUUUCCUGCAGCUACAAUGUGCCCUGUAUAUUAACAGCGAACUUUCCGGCAUUCCCCUCAACAUGGCGCCCAAGAAAUGGACCAGAGGCUUUGUUCAAAGGCUGAAGGGGAAACAAGGCCGGUUUAGGGGAAACCUGUCUGGAAAGCGAGUCGAUUUCUCAGGCAGGACGGUUAUCUCUCCUGAUCCUAACCUGAGAAUUGAUGAAGUGGCUGUACCUGUCCACGUGGCAAAGAUUCUCACCUUUCCCGAGAAGGUAAACAAAGCCAACAUCGGCUUCAUGAGGAAACUUGUUCGAAAUGGUCCAGAAAUUCAUCCCGGUGCCAACUUCAUCCAGCAGAGACAUACACAAAUGAAACGGUUUUUGAAGUACGGGAACCGGGAGAGGAUGGCACAGGAGCUGAAAUACGGCGACAUUGUAGAGAGGCACCUGGUAGAUGGAGACAUCGUCUUGUUUAACCGACAGCCUUCUUUGCACAAACUCAGCAUUAUGGCUCACAUUGCUAGGGUAAAACCUCACCGCACUUUUCGGUUCAACGAAUGUGUUUGCACGCCGUACAACGCCGAUUUUGAUGGCGACGAGAUGAAUCUUCACCUCCCUCAAACCGAAGAAGCGAAAGCUGAAGCGCUGGUCCUCAUGGGGACCAAAGCAAACUUGGUAACUCCGAGGAAUGGGGAACCGCUGAUUGCUGCCAUUCAAGAUUUUCUGACAGGUGCUUAUCUCCUCACGCUAAAGGACACUUUCUUUGACCGAGCGAAAGCGUGUCAGUUGAUCGCCUCUAUUCUGGUGGGCAAGGAUGAAAAAGUGAAAGUUCGCCUCCCAUCUCCAGCAAUUCUUAAGCCGGUCACCCUGUGGACAGGAAAACAGGUCUUUAGCAUCAUUCUGAAGCCCGGGGACAGUUGCCCAGUCAAGGCCAAUCUCAGAACCAAAGGCAAACAAUACUGUGGUAAAGGAGAAGAUUUGUGCAGUAACGACUCCUAUGUCGCAAUCCACAACAGCGAGUUGAUGUCCGGCAGCAUGGACAAAGGAACGCUGGGAUCCGGAUCCAAGAACAAUAUAUUCUACAUUUUGCUGAGAGACUGGGGCCAAGUGGAGGCAGCUGAUGCUAUGUCAAGAUUAGCCAGACUUGCUCCUGUCUACCUGUCUAAUCGGGGAUUUUCCAUUGGAAUUGGGGAUGUCACUCCCGGGCAAGGCUUGCUGAAGGCAAAAUAUGAACUUCUGAAUGCUGGCUACAAGAAAUGUGAUGAAUACAUCGAAGCCUUGAAGACUGGUAAGCUACAGCAGCAGCCUGGCUGCACAGCAGAGGAGACACUAGAGGCCCUGAUUCUGAAGGAGCUGUCCGUUAUCCGAGACCAUGCUGGCAGUGCCUGCCUCAGAGAACUCGACAAGAGUAACAGCCCCCUCACAAUGGCUGUGUGUGGGUCAAAAGGAUCCUUUAUCAAUAUAUCCCAGAUGAUUGCUUGUGUAGGUCAACAAGCUAUCAGUGGCUCACGGGUGCCCGAUGGCUUUGAAAAUCGAUCCUUGCCUCAUUUUGAGAAGCAUUCCAAGCUUCCAGCCGCUAAAGGUUUUGUUGCCAACAGCUUCUAUUCCGGGUUGACACCCACUGAAUUUUUCUUCCACACCAUGGCGGGACGGGAAGGCCUUGUUGAUACAGCUGUAAAAACAGCUGAAACAGGAUACAUGCAGAGACGAUUGGUGAAAUCCCUUGAAGAUCUUUGUUCUCAGUAUGACUUGACCGUCCGGAGUUCAACGGGGGACAUUAUACAGUUCAUUUACGGUGGGGACGGCUUGGAUCCUGCAGCCAUGGAAGGAAAGGACGAACCCUUGGAGUUCAAGCGCGUUCUGGACAAUGUCAGAGCCGUGUAUCCCAGCCGGAGUGAGCCCGCGCUGAGUAAAAACGAAUUGGUGCUGACGGCUGAAUCCAUCAUGAAGAAGAACGAGUUCGUUUGUUGCCAGGACAGCUUCCUGCAGGCUUUAACUGAAAGUGGCUAUGUGGCCCAUAAUAAGGAAAUUAAAAAAUUCAUCAAAAGCUUGUCGGAAAAGAUCAAGAAAACCCGGGACAAGUACGGCAUUAACGACAACGGCACGACAGAGCCCUACGUGUUAUACCAGUUGGACCGAAUCACUCCAACCCAAUUGGAGAAGUUUCUGGAGAUCUGCAGAGAGAAGUAUAUGAGGGCGCAGAUGGAGCCUGGCUCAGCAGUGGGAGCCCUUUGUGCGCAAAGCAUCGGGGAGCCCGGCACGCAGAUGACUCUCAAGACUUUCCAUUUUGCCGGCGUGGCCUCCAUGAACAUCACUUUAGGGGUGCCAAGGAUCAAGGAGAUCAUCAACGCCUCGAAAGCGAUCAGCACGCCAAUUAUCACUGCCCAUCUUGACAAAGACGACGAUCCCGAUUUUGCCCGUUUGGUCAAAGGAAGAAUAGAAAAGACACUUCUAGGAGAGAUUUCAGAGUACAUGGAGGAGGUUUUUCUUCCCGACGACUGUUUCAUUCUUGUCAAGCUUUCUCUAGAGCGGAUCAGGCUGCUGAGGCUGGAAGUUAAUGCAGAGACUGUGAGAUAUUCUAUCUGCGUCUCAAAGCUUAGAGUGAAGCCUGGGGAUGUGGUGGUCCAUGGGGAAGCGGUGGUCUGUAUUACUCCCCGGGAGAACAGCAAGAGCUCCAUGUAUUAUGUCUUGCAAUCCCUGAAGGAAGAACUCCCAAAGGUGGUGGUGCAAGGUAUCCCAGAGGUAUCUCGGGCUGUCAUUCAUAUUGACGAACAGAGUGGGAAGGAAAAGUACAAAUUGUUGGUGGAAGGUGACAACUUGAGAGCUGUCAUGGCCACCCAUGGAGUCAAAGGAACCAGAACGACCUCGAACAACACUUAUGAGGUUGAGAAAACCCUGGGCAUUGAGGCUGCACGAAGCACUAUUAUCAGUGAAAUCCAAUAUACGAUGGUCAACCACGGAAUGAGUAUUGAUCGGAGGCAUGUCAUGUUGUUGUCGGACCUAAUGACCUACAAGGGUGAAGUUCUGGGGAUUACUAGAUUCGGAUUAGCCAAAAUGAAAGAGAGCGUCUUGAUGCUUGCUUCAUUCGAAAAGACGGCAGACCACCUCUUUGAUGCCGCCUACUUCGGGCAGAAGGAUUCGGUGUGCGGCGUUUCUGAAUGUAUUAUUAUGGGUAUCCCAAUGAACAUCGGAACAGGACUGUUCAAGCUGCUGCAUAAAGCCGACAAAGAGGCUGUUCCACCCAGACGGCCUUUAAUUUUUGAUAACCCCGAUUUCCACACCACCCUUCCAUCGUAGCAGCAGCUGGUCAGCACCAGAGAAUAACUUCAUAGUGUGUGUGUGUGUGUGUGUGUGUGUGUGUGUGUGUGUGUGUGUGUGUUUUCUGGGGUUUUCGCGGGUGUUUGUAUGUAGGUCUUUGGUUAUUCGGGUUUUCUC